GUGGUGCGGCCGGCGGGCGGCGGCGGGCGGCCGGCUCGGGAGCUGCCUCGCGCGGCCGGGCGGGCCUCCCUGUCGCGGCGCCGCUGAGGCUUGGGCUGGCCCGGCGCGGCCUCGGGGCUGCCCAUGGGGCGCGGGGGGCCGGGCCGGUGACGGCGGACGCCCAUGGACGCCCCUGAGGAGCCGCUGCCGCCGGUGAUCUACACCAUGGAGAACAAGCCCAUCGUCACCUGUGCUGGAGAUCAGAAUUUAUUUACCUCUAUUUAUCCAACGCUUUCCCAGCAGCUUCCAAGAGAACCGAUGGAAUGGAGAAGGUCCUAUGGCCGGGCUCCAAAGAUGAUUCACCUAGAAUCUAACUUUGUUCAAUUCAAGGAGGAGCUGCUGCCCAAAGAAGGAAACAAAGCCCUGCUUACCUUCCCCUUCCUUCAUAUUUAUUGGACGGAAUGCUGUGAUACUGAAGUGUAUAAAGCUACAGUAAAAGAUGACCUUACCAAGUGGCAGAAUGUUCUGAAAGCUCAUAGCUCUGUGGACUGGCUAAUAGUGGUAGUUGAAAAUGAUGCCAAGAAAAAAAACAAAACCAACAUCCUUCCCCGAACUUCCAUUGUGGACAAAAUAAGGAAUGAUUUUUGUAAUAAACAGAGUGACAGGUGUGUCGUGCUCUCUGACCCCCUGAAGGACUCUUCUCGAACUCAGGAAUCCUGGAAUGCCUUCCUGACCAAACUCAGGACAUCGCUUCUUAUGUCUUUUACCAAAAACCUAGGCAGAUUUGAGGACGACAUGAGGACCUUGCGGGAGAAGAGAACUGAGCCAGGCUGGAGCUUCUGUGACUAUUUCAUGGUCCAGGAAGAACUUGCCUUUGUAUUUGAGAUGCUACAACAAUUUGAAGAUGCCCUGGUACAAUAUGACGAACUGGAUGCCCUGUUUUCUCAGUAUGUUGUCAACUUUGGUGCUGGGGAUGGUGCCAACUGGCUGACUUUUUUCUGCCAGCCGGUGAAGAGCUGGGAUGGAUUGGUCCUCCGGAAGCCCAUAGACAUGGAGAAGCGCGAACUGAUACAGAGGCAAGAAGCCACCGUCUUAGAUCUGCGCAGUUACCUGUUCUCUCGCCAGUGCACCUUGCUCCUCUUCCUGCAGAGGCCGUGGGAGGUGGCUCAGCGCGCCCUGGAGCUGCUGCACAGCUGUGUGCAGGAACUGAAGCUCUUAGAAGUCUCUGUGCCCCCCGGUGCUCUGGACUGCUGGGUGUUCCUGAGCUGCCUGGAGGUGCUGCAGAGGAUAGAGGGUUGCUGUGACCGGGCGCAGAUCGACUCGAACAUCGCCCACACUGUGGGGUUAUGGAGCUAUGCCACUGAAAAGCUAAAGUCCUUGGGCUAUCUGUGUGGACUUGUGUCAGAAAAAGGACCUAACUCAGAGGACCUCAACAGGAUAGUUGAUCUUUUGGCAGGUUUGGGAGCUGAGCGACCUGAAACAGCCAACACAGCUCAGAGUCCUUACAAGAAACUCAGAGAAGCAUUGUCAUCAGUAGAAGCUUUUGAAAAGCACUACUUAGACCUGUCCCACGCUGCCAUCGAGAUGCACACGAGCAUCGGGAGGACCCGCUCUGCUAGGCUCGUCGGGAAGGACCUGGCAGAGUUCUACAUGAGGAAAAAGUCUCCAGAGAAGGCAGAAAUCUAUCUUCAAGGAGCAUUGAAAAAUUACCUGGCUGAGGGUUGGGCACUCCCUAUCACACACACAAGGAAGCAGCUCGCCGAAUGUCAGAAGCAUCUUGGACAAACCGAAAACUACCUUCAGACCAGUAGCCUUUUGGCCAGCGAUCACCAUGUAACUGAAGAGGAGCGGAAACACUUCUGCCAAGAGAUACUCAGCUUUGCCAGCCGCCAGACAGACAGCCCAGGUCACAAGAUAGUACUCCCUCUGCAUUGUUUUGCACAACUGAGAGAUCUCCAUUUUACCCCUUCCAACGCUGUGGUCCACGUGGGCGGUGUUUUGUCCGUGGAUAUAACCAUGUGCAGCCAGAUGCCCGUCCCCGUCCAUGUGGAGCAGAUUGCAAUCAACGUCCACUUCAGCAUCGAGAAGAACAACUACCGGAAGACCGCCGAGUGGCUUACCAAGCACAAGACGUCCAAUGGGAUUAUUAACUUUCCAACGGAGACCUCGCCUUGCCCCGCAUCCCAGAACAACUUACCCGCGCUGGAGUUGUAUGAGAUGUUUGAGAGAAGUCCCUCUGAUAAUUCCUUGAACACAACAGGGAUUAUAUGCAAGAAUGCCCACAUGCUGCUGAGGAGGCAAGAGAGCAGCGCGUCUCUGGAAACGCCCUCAGGCGUGGCUCUGGAGGGCGGGGCCCAUGUGCUCAAAUGUAACGACGUGACUCUGCAACCAGGGGCCAAUAGGCUAAUGUUCAGGACGCAGGCCAAGGAGCCCGGGACAUACACGCUGCGGCAGCUGUGCGUCUCGGUGGGCCCGGUGCGGUUCGUGCUCCCUCACCUCUACCCGCUGGUGCAGUACGACGUGUACUCACAGGAGCCCCAGCUGCGCGUGGAGCCACUGGCCGAUAGCCUUUUGGCUGGUAUUCCUCAGAAGGUAAAGUUCACUGUGACUACUGGCCAUUAUACAGUAAAAAACGGGGACAGCCUCCAGCUCAGCAAUGCGGAAGCCAUGCUCAUCCUGUGUCAUGCAGAGAACAGAGCAGUGAUCUACUCCAACACAAGAGAAAAGGCUUCUGAUGUGUUGCUCCGGGUUCAGUCGUCUGACAAGGUCACAAGCAUCAGUCUGCCUGCUGCUCCUGCGUACCACAUGAUUGAGUUUGAGCUGGAAGUUCUGUCUCUACCUUCAGCUCCAGUGACUGGAGGAGAGAGCAGCAUGCUGGGGGCGACAGAGCCCCGUGGGAAGCCUAAGGACACACGGAAAGCUGGCCGCUGCAUGGCUACCACGGACCAUAAAGUGUCCAUUGACUGCCCGUGGUCCAUCUAUUCCACCGUCAUCGCUCUGACCUUCAGCCUGCCCUUCCGGACCACACACUCGCUUUUGUCAGCCGGGACACGGAAGUACAUUCAAGUGUGCGUCCAGAAUUUGUCAGAACUUGACUUUCAGCUGUCCGACGGUAACCUUGUGGAUCCCGGAAGUGCUGACCUGCAGCUGGUGCCGCUGAACGCCAAGUCCCCGCAGCACACCCACAGCAAGCAAUCCGUGUUCUUUGUGUGGGAGCUCAAGUGGGCGCGGGAGCCCCCGCCUUCUCUGCACUGCCAGUUCUCCGUUGGAUUCUCCCCGGCUUCUGAAGGACAGCUGUCUAUCCCCUUAAAGCCGUACACUUACGAAUUUCAAGUGGAAAAUUUUUUUACAUUAUAUAAUGUGAGAGCUGAGAUACUGCCCCCUUCGGGAACGGAGCACUGUCGGACAGGCUCGCUCUGCUCCCUGGAGGUGUCCAUCACGCGGCUCUCGGGCCUCUUGGAGGUGGACAAAGACGAGGCACUGUCAGAAUCCGACGAGUAUUUUUCGACCAAGCUUAUGUAUGAAGUGGUCGACAACAGUAGCAACUGGGCAGUGUGUGGGAAAAGCUCUGGUGUCAUCUCCAUGCCUGUGGUCGCCCAGGCUACUCACCGGGUCCACAUGGAGGUGAUGCCCCUCUUCGCGGGCUACCUCCCCCUUCCCGACGUCAGGCUGUUUAAAUACCUCCCCCAUCACUCUGCGCACUCCUCACAACUGGAUGCUGAUAGCUGGAUAGAGAACGACAGCCUGUCGGUGGACAAGCACGUGGAUGACCAGCUGGACAGCAGCAGCAUCAAGAGCAGGGGCAGCGUGCACUCGGCCUCCAGCAGCGAGCACAAAGGCUUGCCCAUGCCCCGGCUGCAGGCGCUGCCGGCCGGCCAGGUCUUCAACUCCAGCAUGGGCACGCAGGUCCUGGUCAUCCCCAGCAAAGAUGACCAUGUUCUCGAAGUCAGUGUCACAUGACCGUGCCUCGGGUCGGCACACGCCCUCGGCUGGGUGUGAGCGCCCUCGAAGGGAUCCUGGCUCCAUUGCUCUCUCCAUCGCAACAUUCUAGCGCUAACCAGACUUUCGGUGAUUCUGCCUGCCCACGGAAACAUCGGAGAAUUUCAGCGUGCGGCCGGUCGGCUGAGUUACAGCGUUUUUUUUUGUGUUGUCCAUGGUGUAAGGGGACUUGUUACUCUCAAUCUCCCUGUCCCUGCGUCUGUGCUGGUGCCCUGCGGUGUCCGCCCAGAGCCCCACUCCCUUCCAUCGCCCCUUCCCUGCUCCCGGAAGAUCCGCACUGUGCCCCCUCUCCUGGUGGCCUCCCCGUCUGCUGGUUCCUCAUGGAGUCCGUGUGCCUUCCAGGGAGACACACGGCAGACCCUGCCGUCUUAAGUCAUCACACGUGUGCGCCUUCCUGGUCACACGGCUGCCCUCCAGAUUCUUGACCGGGUGGAUUUGUGAGUCUCUUGGGGGAUAA